UUGUAAAAGUCAGACGUAUUGGUUCAGCAGUUCAAUUUUAGAUCCAAUAAGAAGUUAAGCACGAGUCUCCAGCACUUCUUUAUUUCGUAAGAGGAAAGCGUUUGAUUACUUUUUUACUAAUCAUCUUCAAAGUAGUCUGUCUUCGUCCUCUAGCUAAGAAACCUGGCAAUUUUAGAAAAUGAUCAAAGAACUUAUUAUAUUUUUGGCUCUCAUUGCAAUUGCACAGUCAAUUGCAUGUACAAAAAAUUUUUGCAAAAAUGCUAAAUGCGAAGAAGUACAUUGUGAAUCAAAUGAAGUGAAAAAGAAGGGAGGUCUUUGCAAAUGCUGUGAUGUGUGCUAUACUGAAAUUGGUGAAGGUGGAAAUUGUGGUCCUCCACCCUAUAGAGGAGUACCGUUAGAUAGAGAAUGUGCUAAAGGCUUGCAGUGCAUUAAUAAUGUUUGUACAAAACCAGAUGAUGAUUCAUCAAGUGAAGAAUGUUAGUAGACGAGAAUGCAAUAUUAAUAUUUUCCCGAAUUUAUAAAGAAGGCAAAUGAUUUUAGAAAAUGUGUUCGUAAUGUAAUAUUUGUGUUAAUUAUGAUAACGGAGACAUAUCCAAUAAAAAAUAUGAGGAAUUGA